GUAGGAUUAAGGCCUGUAGUCUGCAGUAGCACCCCAAAAUUGCAUCCGAAUAACCGUGACGGAGGCACUACCGUACGGAUCGCACGGAACAAUCCAACUCUCGGCGCCGCAAGACAUGGGCGAAUAUGAAGAGCUUGUGGAACUCGGCUUCGAAGGUGUUGAUAAGGCUGUAGACAAGUACCACGACAAGGCCUUCGAAAAGGUCGGAAAACAUUCCACAGUCUGGCAUAAACGACACGGCCGCAACCAGCAGCGACAAGGACCUCGCAGACCACCUGCGGGUGAACCAUCUCGCCCAAGGAACGGCACUUCGAGAGGCCGCGACGACAGCGACUCGGAUCGCGAGAUGUAUGCUUCUGAUCGCCGGCAAGACCGCGACUACCAGGAUCGCGACUACCAGGAUCGCGACUACCAGGAUCGCGACUACCAGGAUCGCGAUUACCAGGACCGCCGAGGAGAUGACCGAAGGGAUUCGCGAUACGUAUCUGACGAGUCCUUCUAUCACCAAGGGCCAGAAGCAGGCGCAGUGGUGAUGCGCGGGAGCGAUCCGUACAACAGCGCGCGAGGUUAUGAAAUCCAGCAAUAUCAACAGCCGCAGUACGACAACCGCCGCCCACAGCCCCAGAGACGUCGCUCGUCAUGGUCGCCACAACGGCCUGGCAGGGAUCGUGGCUACGACCGCCGUGCGCGCUCAAAGCUACGAUCGAGGUCUCGAUCCAAUGAUAGACAGCACCGAAUCGCGGCUACCGUCGCAGGUGGUCUCAUAGGUGGCUUGUUGGGCAACCAAGUGCAUAAAGGCAAGAAGUACGAUACAGCUGCGACCAUUGCUGGAGCCGUAGUUGGUGGUCUUGGUGCGAGGGAGAUCUCAGAGCAGUGGGAUAAGCGCAAGGGACGAAGAGAAGAGCGUGAGGAGAAAUGGGAAGAGAAGUACGGCGAUGAUCGAGGCAGGCGGAGCGAUGACCGUGACGACCGCAACAACCGUUAUGAUGACCAUCGGCAAUACAACGACAGGGACCGGCGAUGAUGUUUCGCGCAUCUGGAUGAUUCACGACGACUGUUACGAUAUCAGUGAUGACUUUGGACGUUCCUUGGACAUGGGUAAAUGGCAAAAAACCAUUGGGGGCUCUGCUCAUGGGAUUCUGACACCAAGACAAAAAGACAUGUAGGGAAACACGCGACUUAUGACAUCAGCGAGGAAGGUGCGAACUGAGCUAGGAAAUCAUAGACCUGGCGAGUAAACUGUUGUUGCCUUUCAGACGAAUGACGCUACGGGAAUCCCGUGUCUGCGACAUGAUCUGAAGCGUAGGGCCGGCGCCGGUCAGGGUGAACGCUAGUGGCACUUCGGUCGAAAUAAUCUGGAUAUCCUACAGGGCUACAUGACGCCCUCGCUGUGAUGCGC